GCUCACUCAGUGAGGACACCGGGGACCAGCUAGAAGGGAGAGAGGCAACUCCAGAAGCCCCACUAUCAGUAACUCUUAGACGCUACCCUGCCAGAGCAGCACCAGCUGAAGUUGCUGUCUUCCUCUCUCACACACACAGCCCCCUGGCUCCACCACCUUCCUCGGGAAAGGACACCAUGAGCACUGAAAACAUGAUCCGGGACGUGGAGCUGGCGGAGGGACAGCUCCCCAAGAAGACAGAGGCCUCCCAAGGUUCCAAGCGUUGCCUGUGUCUCAGCCUCUUCUCCUUCUUGCUUGUGGCGGGAGCCACCACGCUCUUCUGCCUGCUGCACUUCGGAGUGAUCGGCCCUCAGGGCGAAGAGCAGUUCCCAAAGAACCUCCAUCUAGUCAACCCUCUGGCCCAGACCCUCAGAUCAGCUUCUCGCACCCCAAGUGACAAGCCCGUAGCCCACGUAGUAGCAAACCCACAAAAGGAGGGCCAACUUGAGUGGCUGAGCCAGCGCGCUAACGCCCUCCUGGCCAAUGGCCUGAAGCUGAUAGACAACCAGCUGGUGGUGCCCAGGGAUGGGCUCUACCUCGUCUACUCCCAGGUGCUCUUCAAGGGUCAAGCCUGCCCUUCCUACUUGCUCCUUACUCACACGGUCAGCCGCUUCGCUGUCUCCUACCCGAACAAGGUCAACCUCCUUUCUGCCAUCAAGAGCCCCUGCCAGAAGGAGACCCCCGAGGGGACUGAGCCCAUGGCCUGGUAUGAGCCCAUCUACCAGGGUGGAGUCUUCCAGCUGGAGAAGGGAGACCGACUCAGCACCGAAGUCAAUCUGCCCGACUAUCUUGACCUGGCCGAGUCAGGGCAGGUGUACUUUGGCAUCAUUGCCUUGUGAGGGGACUGGCCGCGCACCUCUCCCCUGCCCCCUCACGCCAUCCUUCAGUCCUUCUGAGCUUCUGGCUUAGAAAGGGAAACAGGGGCUCAGACCUCAAGCUUACAAUUUCAAGCACCUGCACCUGGCAGUGAGGAUUGUAUGGCACUGGCCACACCCAGAAUUCAAGCUGAGGCCUCCAGAACUCACUGGGGACUUCAGAUUCAGAUCCUUGGCUUCAACCUGGGACAUCUAGAAUGUGGGGGCCAGGGAGCUGUGGGUUCUGGACAGACGCUUCAGAAUAGCCCCUGAGAAGUCCUCACCUACAACUUGACACGCACAGAGCCAGGUCUUCCUCUGCUCAGAUGUUUCUGCACUCUUCUCUGAGAUGUGGAGCCCACCCCUUGCCUGCCCCCUUCUAUUUAUGAUUUCACUUGUGAUGAUUGACUAUUUAUUAUUUAUUGAUUAUUUAUUUAUUUACUGAUGAAUGUAUUUA